UGGCGAAUCGCCGGCCUAGUCAAGUCUCAUUCAAAAUCCAUGCAAAUGCAGUGGCCCGUGGGGCAGCACCUAUAAGUUUAUCAGGGCCAUAUACAUUUGCGCCACGCCAGAAUAUGGCCCUCUUCAGAGCUCUUCUGUACCUGGGAUUGAAGAUGGUGGAGCUUCAAUAAUCUCUUAGCAGGACUUUCUCAAUGGGGAUCUUGCGGGUGGGCAGCCUGGCCCGCAUGCGAGCUUCAUGGACAGGCGUGCUAGCCACAUUUGCGGAGAGGCUGGAGUUGUGUACGCCCUUGCCUGCAGCUCCUCUUCGUGUUGAAGCUGGCCAUGGGUCGAAUGCUGAGUCGCAAUGCAGGCACGAGUUCGUAGAGCUCGCCGCCUCCAUGCCCUCUGCUUCAGCUGGCAGUGGCGAUAGGCUGCGCAGCUCGAUGAAUGCAGCACGGGCAGCGUCAGGGACCUGCUCUGAGGUGAAUUGCAGGGAUGCCAGCUGGCAGUGGCCGGGAUCACAAAGCUGGCGAUGGCCACAAAUGGCAGUCUCUCCUUGGACACCACCCUUGCAAAGCCAGCAAUGGAGAAGCUACUCUGCGAGUGCCCCUGUGCCAGCUAGGGACCCCUCCUUUGCGCAGUUGACCUCAGAUGACGUUCGCUUCUUUCAAGGGGUGCUGGGCCUUGGUGGUGUUGUCACGGACGACGACCUCCUGGCGGUGGCCAACACGGACUGGAUGAACAAGUACCAUGGCAAGAGCAAGCUGCUCCUGCGCCCACGUACAACUGAGCAGGUGUCCCGCGUCCUGGCGCACUGCCAUGAGCGGCGCCUGGCCGUUGUGCCCCAGGGGGGCAACUCGGGGCUGGUGGGGGGCAGCGUGCCCCUGUUCGAUGAGGUCAUCUUGAACUUGGGGGCCAUGGACCGCAUCGUCUCCUUCGACGAAGUCAGCGGCAUCCUGGUCUGUGAAGCGGGCUGCAUCCUGGAGAAGGUGGACGCGUACCUGGCAGAACGCGGGUUUGUGUUCCCGCUGGACCUGGGCGCCAAGGGCAGCUGCCAGAUUGGGGGCAACAUCAGCACGAACGCGGGCGGGCUGCGGCUGCUGCGCUACGGCAGCCUGCACGGCAACGUGCUGGGGCUGGAGGUGGUGCUGGCGGACGGCACGGUGGUGGACACACUCAAGACCCUGCGCAAGGAUAACACCGGCUACGAUGUCAAGCAGCUCUUUGUCGGGGGGGAGGGCACGCUGGGCGUGGUCACGCAGGCCGCCAUUCUGACCCCGCCCAAGGCACGCGCUGUCAAUGUGGCACUGCUCGCCUGCGCCAGCUUCCAGGAUGCGCUCACAGCAUUCCGGCUGGCCAAGCAGGAGCUGGGCGAAGUCCUGUCAGCAUUCGAGUUCUUCGACCGCACCUGCCUGGACCUCGUCCUCAAGCACCACUCCGCCAUCCGCGACCCCCUGCCCCCUGAGGAGGAUGGCGCCCCGCCGUACCCCUUCUACUUGCUGGUCGAGACCGCCGGCAGCAACCAGGAGCACGACAGCGCCAAAUGGGACGCGUUCCUGGAAGCUGCUUCUGCGGGGGAGGUGGUGCAGAACGGCACCAUUGCGCAGGAUGCGGGCCAGGCGGCGGGGCUGUGGGCCAUCCGCGAGGGCAUCACCGAGUCGCUGGCCAAAAACGGCGUGGUCUACAAGUACGACUUCUCGCUGCCCGUCACGGACCUGUACCGCCUCGUGGAGGACACCCAGCAGCGUAUCGGGCCGCUGGGGGUGGCGGUUGGGUACGGUCACCUGGGCGACGGCAACCUGCACCUCAACGUGUCCGCGCCCGCGUACAGCGACGCGCUGCGGGCGCGGCUGGAGCCGUGGGUGUACGAGUGGACCGCGCAGCACCGCGGCAGCAUCAGUGCGGAGCACGGGCUGGGCCAGAUGAAGCCGCACGCGCUGCGCUACAGCAAGGCGGACAGCGCGAUUGAGCUGAUGGCGAGUCUGAAGAGGUUGCUGGAUCCGCGUGGCAUCUUGAACCCGUACAAGGUGCUUCCAGACGAGGCUGACAAACGAGAUGCAACUUCAAAGAAGCAACAAACCUGACCGGAAAGGACGCUGACAUACAGGUCAAUCCUGCCCCGACAUCAGGACGUUCUGGUCUGAAGCACGCGCACGCAAACAAGCGCUGACCCUUAGGCGGUUGCCGAUCGUUGCCAACUGUCACAAAGAUUUUAACUAUCAUAGGUUGCAAGCUGUACAUCUCCUGUACAUAAGCCUGACUUGACUGUUUUCGGACCAACAUGUCUCAUCCAAUACUACAGUAGAGGAUGACGGCUUGAUCAAUGCAAUUAUUUCGAGUUUCCAUAUGCAGUGGGGGUAGCAAUAGCCGGUUACAGCCGGAGUCAACUUAGAAAAUCGUUUGUGCUGACAUGAACAGCGCUGCAUGUGGUCCUUUUGUCAAUAUCCAGACUGUCUGAUCGAACGUUGGGGGAUAUAUACGGUAAUCUACAGAGGUCAUCAACAGAUCUUGAGCUGAUCAUCAACUCACAAGAGAUAUACGUUCUCAACGCAUGACUUGCUAGAAGUUCGGGUCACAUUCGGAGCUUACUACCCACCGUAUACAAACAAUUUUAAG